AUGCAACAGUCGGUCGUGACACCAGCCAGGCGCAGCCAGCACCUCGCGGGGCCGCGUCCCCGGCCCGCGCGCUCGGCUCCUCCUCCUGCCGGCGACUCUCCCGGCGGGGACCAGGCGGCGCCCGCACUCGCCGCGCCCGGGCGGCUGGCGCUGUCCCGCCGGAUCAGGCCGAGGAGCCCCCGAGCUGGACGCAGGUGGGUGCGGAGCGGGGACGAGGGCGCCGACCCGGCCACUGAUGGGGAGGGCAGCAGGCUCCGCGCGCCCCUGACGAGGGACCGCCCCUCUGCUUUCAGGGCGCUGAUGAUCCGCCGGCUCGGCAGCACCAUGCCUUUCCCGCCCGUGCCGCCGCCGCCGCCCGCCCCGGCCCCGGGGCUCCCCGCCGCGCGCCCGCCGCCCCGGAGGCCCGGCAUCCCCCGGAAAGCGGCGGCGCCCGGCGAGGGGAGCGGCCGCCGGGGCCGCGCCAGCAGCACCGCCUCGGGGGCGCGGACCGCCGGCUCGGGGACGGCCGCGGGGGCAGGGCCCGACGACGCGCUGCGCUUCUCCCUGAGCCUCACCCCCGAGGCCGUGCUGCUCAUCCAGAGGCGCCACAUGGAGAAGCAGCUGCUGGCGCGGCCCCGGCGGCCGCUCCCCUCGCCCUCGGCCGACGCCAGGCGGCUGCUCGCCCCCUGCCCCCGGGCCACGGCCGCGGGUCUCUCCCGGCGCCCGGCUCCGCCCGGCGGCCUGCAGGCCCUCGACCUCGGGCCGCGGCCCGCCGACCUGCGCCCGGUGCUUAAGGUGUCGCUGCUCAACGAGCGGCACAAGUACGACGACGUGGAGUACGAGGAGGAGGCCGAGGUGGUGGACGAGGGCCUGGUCCGCAAGUGCACCGAGUGGCUGCGCGGCGUGGAGUCGGCGGCCGGUCGCGCCGGGCCCCUGGACGCGCUGCCGCACCUGAGCACGCUGUGACCCGAAGGACUGACGCCUCCCGAGGCCGGCUCCCGCCUCCUGGCACCUGUGAGCCAGGUGGGCUUCCUGAUGCCCGUCGCCGCCUCCCGGGCACCUGUGAGCCAGGUGAUGCUCGCCGCCGCCCCCCAGGCACCUGUGAGCCAGGUGACGCUGCACGCCCACCUCCCUGCGCCUGGGAGCCAGGUGGGCUUCCUCGUGCCCGCCGCUGCCUCCUGGCCACACUGUGGCACCUGAGCACCUGUGUGCCAGGUGGGCCUGGUGGGACGAGACGGUCUCCCUCGACGCUCACCGCCCACCCCCUGGACGUGCUGCUCCACCCGGGCGCCCUCGGGGGAGACACAGACAGCCUCGCCGACCCCCAUGGCCCACCUCCUGCCCAGGCGCCUCCCCGCUCCCCAGCCGGACAGCCGACGCCCCUCCCUCUCCACACUGGUGGUCUCGACCCCACAAGUCUGCCUUCUGCACCAUCCUGGUGUCCUUGCCUCGUGGGGGUGUAAGCAGCGGUGAAAACGCCUCUCUGCCCCGGUCCCCUCAGGUUCUUUGAGGCCCUGUGCUGCGGAGUCCUCGGUAGGCGGGUGUCACUCUCUGCAGGUGCUGGGCCGGGGUGCCCCGGUCUGAACAGUGGGUGACAGCCACGAGGAGGGAUGGGGGACCAGGAGCGCGGGGUCUGUUGCACAACCGGAUGUGGCGCUUCAUUUGUGAUUUUGUUUCUUCUCGAAAGAAGAGACGUUGCGGGUGUUGGAAAGCCUGAAAAUGGAAGGUAACCGAAUGUUCGAACUCGGAAGGCGAAGGGGCUAGCCCACCGGGAGCUAGCCCACCUGGUGGAUGGACGCAGUGAUGGCAACAGUGCCGUGCUCACGACACGACUCUCCGCGGGCUGCGUGCUCUGCGGGCCUCUCUGCCAGCCGCGGGCAAGCCUGCCCCACACACACGCACAUGCUCACGGAUGCUUACCCUUCUACUCACACACUUACACUUGCUCACGCAGUGCUCUCACGCACACGCUCUCCCACUCAUACAUACACACACACUCACACUCACGCUCACACAUGCAUGUGCACACACACACACACCAUGCCUGCCCUCGCACAGACUCAUUUGCUUACAUGCUCACACACACUUGC